AGUAAAUGUACGUUGAAACGACUAAACGCCUAAACAGUCAUUCUGAAAUGGAAAAGUAAUUUGCUACGAAUCUAGCUACUUUGUUGAUAUAAAAAGACAGCGAGGAAGAAUAUGGGGCCAGGAAAUGAGCUGAUAUACAAUUCCAUGAACAUGGGGCAAAACUUUGAGAACAACGAAGCAUCGGGGAAAUAUCCGGAUUAUUGUCGGACAAUACGGGUACAAGAAGCAAAUGGCACCGUAAAGGAAUUAGUGUUUCCUAAAGCAUUAGACCUGGACCGCCCAAAGCGGGCUCGAACGACAUUCUCACCGGAUCAACUUUUUGAACUGGAGAGAGAAUUCCAGCGGAACCAGUAUCUUGUUGGCAAGGAGAGAUCAGAACUUGCAAAACGGCUCAGGUUAUCCGAAACUCAGGUAAAAGUAUGGUUUCAAAACAGACGAACGAAAUACAAACGAGAUCGAGUCCGAGACGCAGAAGUACGAGACUCCAAAUCGGAGAGCUUUGCAGCGUGUAAUAUUCUGCGCAUGCUCCAACCGGACCCAGCUUCAGUUACCCAUAAUGCACCUGUUUUAACACCAUUACUUCCAGCAUAUCGCCCAUAUUCGCUGCCUGGUUUUCCGACGUGAAAGACUAUAAUGUUCAUAAUAUAUUUGUAAAUAGCUUAUCAUAUUUUAUUUAUAAAGUGUUUGGAUUUGUAGGUAAAUAAAAUGAU